GUAUGAACUGUAUGAACAAAGAUCAUGGGUGUGCACACAUCUGUCGGGAAACGCCCAAAGGUGGGGUUGCCUGUGAAUGUAGGCCUGGCUUUGAACUUGCCAAAAACCAGAAGGACUGCAAAUUAACCUGUAACUAUGGGAAUGGAGGCUGCCAGCACACCUGUGAUGACACUGAUACUGGUCCUGUCUGUGGUUGUCAUCAGAAGUAUGCUCUGCAUUCAGAUGGACGAACCUGCAUUGAGAAGGAUGAGGCUGCAAUUGAGAGUUCUGAGUACAAUGCCACGUCAGUAGCUGAUGUGGACAAGCGGGUGAAACGGCGGCUACUUAUGGAAACAUGUGCUGUCAAUAAUGGAGGCUGUGAUCGGACUUGCAAGGAUACCGCGACAGGGGUACGAUGCAGUUGCCCAGUUGGAUUUACCCUGCAGCCUGAUGGGAAAACGUGCAAAGAUAUUGAUGAGUGCUUGGUAAACAAUGGUGGCUGUGACCAUUUCUGCCGAAAUACAGUUGGCAGCUUUGAAUGCAGCUGCCAGAAAGGCUAUAAACUACUCACAGAUGAACGGACCUGUCAAGAUAUUGACGAAUGUUCAUUUGAAAGGACCUGUGAUCACACCUGCAUCAACUACCCUGGAAGCUUCGAAUGUCUCUGCCAUAAAGGCUACACUUUGUAUGGGCUGACACACUGUGGAGAUAUUGAUGAAUGCAGCAUCAGCAAUGGCAGCUGUGACUAUGGGUGUCUGAAUACAAUGGGAAGCUAUGAGUGUGUCUGUCCACCUGGAAAGAAACUGCACUGGAAUAAAAAGGACUGCGUUGAGAUGGUGAAAUGUCUCCCAAAUGCCAAACCAACUCCCAAGGCUCAACUAGUAUGUAGUAAGACAGGAGGAAUAGAGAGCUGCUUCCUAUCAUGCCCCUCCAAUACCCUUUUUGUUCCAGAUUCAGAGAACAGCUACACACUGAGCUGUGGUGUUCCUGUCCAGCAAGGCAAGGCUCAGCAGAAGCGCAAUGCCACCCUUCCCAGCUGCGCAGAUUCUUUAGCCCCUCCAAUCAAGCAGAAAGCUCGUUUUAAAAUUAAAGAUGCAAAGUGCCACUUACGACCUCGCAGCAAAGAAAAAACAAAAGAUGCUGGGAAGCAAGCUGUGUUAGGAGGUCAAUUCCCUUGUACAGACAACUGCCAGGUGACUUUCGUGAAUCUCAAGUGUGAUUCCUCCAAGAAAAAGCGCCGGGGCCGCAAGUCACCAUCAAAAGAAGUGUCCCAUAUCACUGCAGAGUUUGAAGUGGAGAUGAAGUCAGAAGAAGUUUCAGACACCUGUAACAUUGACUGUGUUCGGAAAAGGAUGGAGCAGAAGCUGCAAACUGCAAUCAAAACAUUGAGGAAAUCUAUUAAUAAACAGCAAUUUUACAUUCAGUUUUCUGGGACAGAAUAUGAAGUGGCUCAGAAGCCAGCUAAAGCUACUGAAGGGCAUGAAGCUUGCAGUACGGGGCAAGUGCUGCAGGAUGGAAAAUGCGUUACCUGCAGCACGGGCACCUUUUAUAGCGGAGAACAUAAUCAGUGCGUUCCUUGCUCACCAGGAACAUACCAAGACACAGAAGGUCAACUUACCUGUGAGCCUUGCCCAAGUAAUGAUGGACAGGGAGUAGCGGGUGCCCGGAAUGUUUCAGAAUGUGGAGGGCAGUGUUCUCCUGGACACUAUUCAUCAGAUGGUUUUAAACCUUGUCGAGUCUGUCCUCUUGGUACUUAUCAGCCUGAACCAGGAAGGACCCUCUGCUUUCCAUGUGGUGGAGGGCUUGUGACCAAGUACGAAGGUGCUGUUUCUUUUCAAGACUGUGAAACCAAAGUUCAUUGCUCUCCUGGACACUACUACAACUCCACGACGCACAGAUGUAUCCGAUGCCCUGUAGGAACUUACCAGCCUGAGUUUGGUCAAAACUAUUGUAUCACCUGCCCUGGGAACACAAGUACAGAUUUCGAUGGCUCCACUAAUGUUACACACUGUAAAAACCAGCACUGUGGAGGAGAACUUGGUGAUUAUACUGGCUAUAUUGAGUCACCCAACUAUCCCGGAGACUACCCAGCUAACGUUGAAUGCAUUUGGAAUAUAAAUCCACCCCCAAAGAGGAGAAUACUCAUUGUUGUGCCUGAGAUAUUUCUCCCAAUAGAAGAUGAAUGUGGUGAUGUUUUAGUAAUGAGAAAAAGUGCUUCUCCUACUUCAAUUACUACAUACGAAACGUGUCAGACUUAUGAGAGACCUAUUGCAUUUACUUCAAGAUCAAGGAAGCUAUGGAUUCAGUUCAAGUCAAAUGAAGGCAACAGUGGCAAAGGAUUUCAAGUCCCAUAUGUGACAUAUGAUGAGGAUUACCAACAACUAAUAGAAGAUAUUGUUCGAGAUGGACGAUUAUAUGCAUCAGAAAAUCAUCAAGAAAUUCUAAAGGACAAGAAACUGAUUAAAGCUCUCUUUGACGUACUGGCACAUCCACAAAACUAUUUCAAGUACACAGCACAAGAGUCAAAAGAGAUGUUUCCAAGAUCAUUUAUAAAACUAUUGCGAUCAAAAGUUUCCAGAUUUCUACGACCGUAUAAAUAGUGGUAUUCAGUUUGAGGUUAUUUUGCAUUCCUGUUGAAUACUGUCUUUCCUCCGUAGUAGAAACAUUUGGUAAUUUAAAGGCUCUUUUCUGCAGUCUUUAUUUUCAGUUGUAUAUUGAAGAAUACCUAUAAUGUUUUAUAAUCAUUAAACACCAAUGUUCUGAGUGAAAUCUUUACUACAGAAAAAGUAUUGUGGAUCCUUGAGUGCAUCUAUUUGAAGAUCCAAAUUUGUGUCUGCACUUGUGUAUCUUCACUUUCCAUUUGAAACUACAUUAUGUAAAAAUAUUCUUUCCGCUUUUUUUAUUUUCCAUAAAAAAUAAUUUUCUGCAAAGCAAAGAAGGCAUCUAUUCAAAUCUGAUGAAACUACCUACCAGUAGGUUCUAUUGUAGUAUGAGGUAUGUAGUAUGAAUAAGAUUUGGAUUUUGAAUUGCACUUGAAGUUUAGAAAAAAAGAAAACAAUUUAAAUUUUGUUACUUCUCAUUUGUGGCUUAGUGGAACCUCUGACCAAAUAGAAAUCAAAAGGGAAGAAAAAGGAGGAAAAAAAAAAAAAAGAAUCAGAUGUAUAAUUUUGUUUUAUGAAUUCUGUACAAAUUAAGUCCCCUGUGCUUAUGUUUUCAUCUCUCCUCUUCUAAACUUCUUCAGAGGUUUGCCACUGUACAUUACUGCACUGAAAUGGAUUGAGCUAUGGAAUUCUAUCCAUCAGUUGGUCCCUUUGGAGGCAGUUAUAAUAGAACAGAUGAGAAAGGAGCAACACCAAUAAAACUGGUAGUCUGUUUUUCUUUCCGUUAAUAGAGCAUCUAAAUGAGUACAAUAUAUAAAUAUAUAAAUAUAUACUUCUAUUUGUGGGUACAUUAGUAAUGUUAUCUUUAGAUACUGUAAAUAUUAUUCAUGCUUAAAUCUUUACCCCCCCACACACUAUUUACUUAUAUCUAUUUGUAACUUUGCUUAGAUGAUCCAAUGACUUCUCCAAGUGCUUGUCACUUCUAUUAACACAAACCCUUCUGGAGUUUUAUAACACAGGAUGAUGGUUUACUUUUGGGCAUUCUCUUUUAGUACAUUAUUCCAAGAAAAAUAGCAGCAGUUUAGAUGUGACUGCUGUCCAGGAAGGGGGGCAGUUAUUGUUUCUUCCUUGGGCGACCCACACAGCAGACAAACAGUUAAACCUGAGGACAGCACACUUGUGAGGAGCUCACCAAGGAGGAUUUU